UGGAACGCUAUCAGCCUAACCGAUUGGGGUACCUGUGUUACUGCGCCCGCGAGUUCCUUGAUGCUGCUGGCUGCUGGCUAUAACAACAGAGUCUUAUCCCAAAAUCCAAACAAGACUCAAAUUCCGUCACUAUUAUCAAAUCUUUACAACAACAAUGUUGUUUACACAAAAAUAGUUGAAGGGGAAAAAGAUACGAUCAAAAUGGAUGAAGGAGAGAGCGAUGAGAAGCUUUCAAAGGCUAAAUCGAAAGCUCAUUGUGACACAUUCGAAAAGGCGUCGGUGGAGCAAUGCAAAACUACUCAGAAAAUACCCAUCUCCAGUCUGACAAAGAGAGAAAAAUUAUGUCCGUUUCCAAAGAAGAAGAAAAUACGAAGUUCUAAGCCAACAUCCUACGUCCCUAGUGUAGAUACGUCGCGUUCGAAAUCCUCAAGCGACGUCGUUAACAUGGCUAUUCGAAAACUCCGAUGGAAAGAGUUUCCAUUAGGAAGAAGAAGUGGCUGUGAUAUUUACUGGUUCGGAGGAGCAUUUGAAAUCCCUGAUAACCUUCCUGAAAAGGGGUUGCUGAAUAAAUAUUCAGGGAUGUCUGAUGCUACACAUAAGGUAGAGCUGACAAAGCAACUCAACAGAAUGAAAAAGCUUUUUCCUCAAGAAUAUUCAUUUUAUCCCAAAACAUGGAUUCUCCCCAAUGAAUACCCAGAACUCAUUGCAUGUGUGUCUAAGAACCCCAAUAGUGUUUAUAUAGUAAAGCCAGACAUUGGAUCACAAGGUGAUGGGAUCUUUCUCUUGAACAAUCCUUAUGAUGUUCACUUCAGUCCUUUACUUGCCAAACCAUGUAUUGUGCAAAGAUAUGUUGAAAGUCCACUCUUGCUUGAGAAAUUUAAGUUUGACUUAAGAAUCUAUGUGAUUUUAAAGAGCAUUGAACCUUUGGAGAUUUAUAUCUGCCGUGAAGGGAUGGCAAGGUUUUGUACAGAGCCCUACAGUCACCCUACAACAAAGAACUUACAUAAGAGUUAUAUGCAUUUGACUAACUACUCGUUGAAUAAAUUCAGCUCUACCUAUGUCCAGAGCGAGGAGCAUGACAAAGGCAGUAAAAGGAAGCUAAGUUGUGUCUUCAAACAGUUAGAAAAGAAUGGAGAAGAUAUCGUUAAGCUGUGGUCAGACAUAGAUGACAUAAUCUGCAGAACAAUUAUUGCUUUUGUGCCCAAUCUGAAGAUCGAUGAAGAUGCUGCAGUGUUAGAUAAAGAAUUGAAAGUCAAAUUGAAGUGUUUUCAAAUACUUGGCUUUGAUAUUCUUUUAGACAGCGAUCUAAAGCCAGUUCUAUUGGAAGUAAACUCUAGUCCAUCGCUUCGCAUUGAUCAUGAAGAAGAGACAGUUACUGGAAAAGUCGAGUAUUUUGUAAGUGUUACUGAUGUUGAGAUUAAACUUCCAGUGAUUACAGAUACGAUGAGGUUGGCCUAUCACUACAGACGGAGAGGUGAUGGGGAUUCAAUUUCUAGUCCAGAGGAGUAUGGAUGUUUGGAACAACUUUACCCUAAACGUGCAUCUCACUUUAACUACCUCAGAAUCCUUGAGCGCUGCCUGGGUCUAUACAAGCGGUUUGUUGGAGUGCGCUCAGUACGCAAGAUGGGACCGACAUCAUUUCGUAUGAUGGCAAGGAGAUGCUGUCUUACAGAGUUCAAUUGCACUUUAGCAGCAAUGGACAUUCUUUUUAUCAACAUCAGUAGGAGAUUCUCAGCUUGCGACAAUGGCAGGGCAGCGCUGGAUUUCAACGCUUUUGUAGAGAUGUUGUUAACAAUAAGCCAACGAGGUCUUUCGAUUCAAGGAAGACAACCUAUCGACAACCUUCGAUAUAUCUUAAGACAUUGUGAGAUAAACUUAGAAAAACCGAAAUGUCGAAAACAGCAUCUUGAUAAGCUACCGGUGUCGCCUCUUGUGAGACGUCCAAUGAAGAGUACCUUCAGUCUUCCUACUUCACCAGCCGUUUAGAGAAAAAAGUGGUUCAGUCUUGGAAUAUUUCUAUGAUUUCUCGCGUUAGUCCGCAAUUAAUUUGUUCGCAGUCACGGUUACCUUGCAAGAUGGCUCCGGAGCUUUGGAGAAGUCUAUUGUACGUACUAUGCAAGGUCUCGAUGCCGAUUUAGCGUGUUUUGAAUAAAGUAGUCCCGUCUCGCAAUUCUUUAUUACCMUUUCUCUGAUGUGUUUCUAAUGUGCUCUCCGCUCUUAUGGGUGUUCUUUACGUGACAUGACAGCGGCAGCUGCGGAAGUGCAUGCAGCUCGAUGAAACAUUUUGUUKUUGAAUGUAAAAAACAAUAGGGCGGUAUAUUAAUCUACUUUUUUGGGGGACUAUUUUCGUGCCUUACUUCAAACUACUUUGGAAAAUCAAGCUUUGGUGAAAAUAUAAAUGAUAAAGCUUAUCACAACCGCCAAUAGACCAAAGUACUUACAAUAAUUGUUUCUUCUCUUUUAGCAUUAAUGUAAACAACUCAGUUUUUUCUUUUAAAUGUAGGGGAAAUACUGCAUUGACUUCGCAACCGGUUUUUUCAUCGAUGAGUAUUGAAUGGAUGUGCAGCUUUGUAAAUUUACCUCGCUUCACCACACAACUUUCACUUGAAAAUUGACCCACUUCAUUACGACGUCACAUCAAAACAUUCUAUUGUUUUAACGCUAAGGAUUUUGGUCGUCAGAAAGGAUCAGAGUGACGGCACAUAGGAUUCAUUGAAGUUCUACUUUAGGAGACCAUACAAAUGGGUUCAAAUUUCCAAUGAUUUUUAGCAUCGUUUUCCACUAGGGCAAUUAUGAUAUACAGAAUAAAUAUUUUUUAAUCUCCA